AUGAGAAAGGACAUUAGCAAACACGACAUGAACAAGUUUUGUCGAUUCCACAAUGACUACGGUCAUGACACCGAUGAGUGCAAUAAUCUGAAGGAGGAAAUAGAGUUUCUCAUAAGACAAAACAACCCCAACUUGAAAAGAUAUGUACGACGGGACAAUGACCGGCCCCAACGACAACAACAACAACAAGCAGUUGGAGAUGACCAACAAUUGUUACCUCGCCCCGUUGCGGGCCGUUUGGACAUUAUAUCUGGAGGACCUCACCUUGCGGGGAACUCUGGAAAGUCCCGAGAGAAGUACGCUCGGUCUCUGCGACAUGAACUGGGUAACGAUGUGUUGGCUGUCCAAGAGCGAGCUCCCAAGCAACCUCGUUAUGAACAUGAGUUAAUCACGUUCUCUGAAGAGGACACCAAACACGUUCGGUAUCCACACAACGACCCCUUGGUAGUAGAGGUACAAAUCGCCAAUAUGAUUGUGGCAAGGACAAUGAUUGAUAAUGGGUCAUCAGCCAAUAUCCUCUUCAAGUCCUCAUUGGAAAGGAUGGGUUUGGGAGCAAACGAUUUAGAGCCCUGCGAACAUCUCAUCUAUGGAUUCACAGGAAGUGGUAUGGCACCGGCUGGACUUAUUAAGUUACCAUUGACAGUGGGAACAGCCCCCAAGAGUGUCACUAUCAUGGCCUUAUUCGUGGUAUUGGAUACAAUAUCUCCCUACAACGCCUUAAUCGGCCGCCCAACCCUGUAUGACCUAAAAGCAGUCACUUCUAUCUUUCACCUCCUCGUCAAGUUUCCUACCAAGGGUGGAAUUGGCUACUUGAAGGGCAAUCAAAUAGUAGCACGAGAGUGUUACAACCUAUCCAUCGCAACCAAGGAGAAAGCAGCCAAAUCCCUCAAAGCUACGGCGAGUAGUUCUCAACAAUGA